GCACUGCUCCAUUACAAGACUCCAUUGUUCAAAAUCAUUUACACCUUAUUCUUCGCCCCGGGGCUCCUCGUUGGAUCUGUGGAGGAAAAGCAGACACUCGUCAUUUCGCUGUUUGAGAACUUCGUGGAAGAUGGCCACAAACCCGCACACUUUGCUUACAUCGAGAUACAAGGGAAGACGACGGAAAUUUAUUCUGCUUCGCUGAGGAUUCAUGCUCGCUUUACCGGGCUGAGGUACCUGAUGUACUACUGGCCCGUGCUCUCUGCCCUGGUGGGCAUCGGGACCAACUUCUUCCUGCUGGUCCUGGUCAUCGCACUGAUCUGGGCCAGGCAGAUCGCCAACGGCAACUCGAUCAGACACUCUAAUGUGGACCCCAGGGAACAGCAGAAGUUCACCGAAGAGAUCAGGAGGGCCAUGCAGAGGAAGUACUCUCAGAAGCAUACGGAGAAGCUGCGCACUUCCAUCUCCGAGGAGGAGUUCGAAGAUGCGGUCCUGGUCCCCGACGACGGGGAGGGGGAGCUCUCCCGGAGCCUGAGGAGGAAGACCGAAGAGAUCUUUGGGGAGAGCCCCCCCAUCGGCCAGCGGAUCGUGGAGCUGGAGGAGGGGGACACCUCCCCCCUCCUCAGGAGGAGGAAGACUCUGGAGCAGUGCGAGACGGAACUGUGA